CGCCCAGGUGACUUUGAUCACGCCCACUCCAGAAGCCCCCGGCGACGCCGCUGCCACCGCUCAGGAGAUUCCAGUUGCGUUCCCAUGGUGUCUGUGCUGUCCGGGCGGCUUGGCACUGAAAAGUAAAGCAACGUGUGUGUUGGUUCGACAGAAUACAAAGUGAAACGGACUUACUGGAUAUUCAAUUGGAUUUCUCCACUCCUGAGCUGUGACAGUUCGCCUCCGUAAACGUAAGGCGUGCUUGUCAGCGAGCGAGUAGAAUGGCAUAUUCAGCCCCGGAAGAUGAGUAUGGAUGUUCUUGUGCUGAAGGUGGUGAUCAAGUCAGUGAACAAGCUGAAGUUGUCUUGCGUGGAUAUAUUUUACAGUCGAUGAGGCAUGACAAUUGUCCAGGUGUGAACAUCAGUGCAGAAGAUUUGGGUGGAUCUCAAAGUGAAAGUACAAAUCCCGAAGUAAAGGACAUAGUACGAAGUUUGAUACAAAUUGGAGAUGAACUAAGCAGGAACACUGAACUUGAGUACCUUAUUGAUCACAUUGAAUUUAGCUCAGCACAGGAAGUUUUUAAUAUUGUGGCCAAGAGAAUUUUUGAAGAUGGAAUUAACUGGGGCAGAGUGGUCGCCCUUUUUCAUUUUGCUUACAAACUAAUAUGCAAGGCCAUAACUUCAAAUUGCAAAGAGAUGGUUAGAAGAGUAAUGUACUGGGCAUUAGGAUUUUUUAGGACCCGCAUUUCCUGGUGGGUUAGAGAACAAGGAGGAUGGGGAGCAGUUCAAAGCUAUUUUCAAAGUCUGAACUGGCCAAACGUUGCACUGUUUGUAGCUGGAGUCCUCACUGGAGCUAUGGCAUAUUGGAAAAUGUCUUAAUGAAAGAACAAGAUAACGAACUGUACUCUUCAUGUGUCAUGUCCAUGGCAAAAGCUAAAAACCAAAGAUCUUUAGAAGAACCUUACAUGAAAAUAUCAUGUUUGGGUGAUAGGCCAGAAACUGACUGACUGUAUUUUACAAAACUCCACUCCACUGUAGAUUUUCAUCCUGAGAUUUUGACCGACCAUGGGUUGGCCUCUGUGCAUGGAAUGGGAUGCUGUUUUUUACUUUGGUGUUUGAUUAUCCAGCGUUUUAAUUAACCCUUGCAUUAUUCUGUGAUGUUUUUAGAGAUUAACUGUUUUUUUUUUUACAAAGUAUAAAAUCAUUUCUGAAGCUUAAAUACGAUGCAAAAUUUCAGUUUUAAAAAGAGUGUAUAUACUGUAUUACCAUCAAGUUUCAAGUAUUUAACAUUUAUACGGCAAUGCGAUUCUCAGGACAAUUGUGUUAACAAUAACUUUAUAUUUUUUAUUUUAUUAAAAACAUUGAGAUUUCCCUUCCACGGUCUACUGUAGUCUAGUUUGAUCAGUUCUAUUAUGAUGCUGUAAAACACUGGCAGUUUAUCUGUAUGUCUUGGUGUAGUGUGGAGAGCUGUGCUGUUUUUAGGAGUGAAGAACUGGUCUUUUAUAUACUGCCUGAAUUCAUACCUUGGAGAAAAAUGGCAAUAUGGUGUAAGAAAUGAUAAUUGUUUUACAUCAGGACAGAAAUGUGGGAAGUCAUUACUGCGUGAGAUGUAGAAUUAAGGUAACCAGUGCCUGCCUCUCUUAGUUUUCAUUAGCAGUACAAAAACUAGCCUAAUAGAUAUGAAACUUGAGAAACCUGCCUAAGGAAUUCUGGUUUAUGUAAAUAUUUCUUAAAAAUAAACAUUUGUAUUGCCUGUGAUUCAUUUUCUUUUAGUUAGAUUAACCCCCCCCAAAUUAAUGCAUUUUUGUGUUUAAUGUCUUUUAUUGAGAGCCAUACAUCAGUGGUAGCUAAUGGUUUUUGUUCUUUUUACAUUUUUCCACAAGUAAGAGAGAAAAUUAAAAUUGCAUUUUUUUUCACGUGAAGUAUUGUGAUGAACUUUGAUUUCUAAACUCAGUUUUACGUUUUUUCCAUGAUAAGGGUUUCUGUGAGUUUAUGUUUAUUUCAUUGAUGCCUCUUUCCAUGCCAGCUUACAACAUUUGAGGUACAGUUGGUUACAUUUUUUUUGCUUCUCUAAAUGAAGCGCAGGCAGGUGAAAUGAUUUGCACAAAGUCCUGGUGUGAGUAGCAGAAUUUAAACCCACAACAUCAGGGUUUCAAGUCCAAAGUCUUAACCUUUACCAUAAACUGAGUUCACUUUCAUUUGCAUUUCUUUGCUUAGUAGACACUUUCCUCCAAAGUCACCAGCAAAAUAGGUCCACAUAACUGAGUAACAUCAGUCUGGUAGAGUGUUUGGGAACAAGUGUGACAGAUCAAGGUAUCAAAAUUGACCUUCACAAGUGAUGAGCUCUGGACAAAAUAGCAGCAAGUCACAGUCCCUAGAUUACAAAACCUAUGGCUAAUAUCAGUUUGACAGAUGUUCAUCGAACAAGAGUCUUCAAUUACUUCUUAAACACGUUGAAGGAGUGGAGGUGGGCAGCUCGUUCCACUAGUGAAGAGCUUCACAUUAAAAGAGUCUGGAUUGGAAUAUGGUGUCCUGUGUAGGUUGCAUUGACAUUGUUCACCAAAACACAUGAGUAGGCAAAAAGGAGCAUCGGACCUCGCAAGUGUUUCCAGUGCAGUGCAUCAAGAUGGUUGGUAAGCAUCAAGAUUUGAACUUAAUAUGUUCCACCAUAGAAACUCAAUGCAGUGAUCUGAAAAAAAGAGUGACAUGUGCCCGCUUCAGCUGGUAGAACACAUGCUGGCUCCAUUUUGAAUCAUCUGCAGCGGCUUGGUGACACAUGUCAUUACUCCUGCCUUCAGGAAGUUCACAAAAAUCUUAUUUCUAAAUAUGACUUGUCUUUAUAACAAUAAAUGUUACCUUUAAUAAAAAAAAAUCAAAAGUUUUUUUUAAAAAAAACAAGGUUUUAAUUUUGUUCAAAGUAUUUUUUUUAAUAAUUCCAGUGUUUGUCACUUGCCUAAAUUUACAUUAGUCCAAGAGAGAGGUUUUACUAU